CUGAAAGCCUCGGAAGUGUCAUUUUUGGACUUGGGCUAAACUUCGGCAUAUGUGGAGCGGCUCAUCGGCGGCUCCGAGUUGAUCAUUGACAGUUAGGAUUAAAUGGCGGCCAGAAAACACUGAAACAGGAGGCGGGAGGAUGUCUGUGGAGGUGGACCUGCUGCUGCAGGAGGCGAAGGAGAGCAUCGAGGCGGCGCAGAACUACCGCAGCGAGCUGCAGCAGCGGCUGCAGGGCCUCAACCAGGCGCGCAAACAGAUCCGGGGCAGCUCCGGCCAGGCCCGCGAGGCCCUCAAGAGGCACUUCACGGAACUGCAGGCGGCGGCCGGCCGCUUGCUGUCGGAGCGGCUGGCCGGCCUGCUGGCCGAGGUCGACGCCAUCGAGGCCGACAGCAUCAAGCCUCUGGACGACUGCCAGAGCCUCAUCGAGCACGGCGUGGGGCAGGCCGACGAGCUGCUGAGAGAGGGAGAAGCUGCUCUGCGCUGCGGUCUGGGAGAGAAGGAGGACAAACUGGGCAGCUUCACAAAGAAAGCCAUGCACAUCCAGCUGGACAGCCUUCCUGAGGUCCCGGCUCUAGUGGACGUCCCGUGUGUUUCGGCCCAACUGGACGACUCCGUCCUCAGCCUGCUGAGGGACAAAGUGUCCCGCCACGGCGCCGUCUCCUCUCAUCCGCCCGUCCAGAUAGAGGAGCUACAGGAGCGGCCGGGCGGCAUCCUGGUCCGCUGGUGCAAGGUGGAUGAGGACUUUGCUGCUGCAGAUUACCGGCUGCAGUACCGGCGGUCGGGCAGCGGGGGGAGCCAGUACGAGGACGCCUACAUCGGCCGGGACUGCGAGUUCCUGGUUCUACAUCUGGACCCGCACACGGACCACCUGUUCCGGGUCAGCGCCCGGGGCGAGGGCCGCACCGAGUGGAGCCCCUGGAGCGUCCCGCAGACGGGCUACACCACCCUGGCUCCACACGAGUGGCGUUCAGGGACGGAGGGCUACAUCCUCAGCAGCAGGAAGAACAUCGCCCUGCGUAACGACUCCGCCCAGAGCCGCUGCGCCGUCCUCUACUCCAACGGCCCCACCUACUUCUGCGGCCAGACGCUCACCUUCAAGAUCUCUGCAGCUGGCCAGAUUGAUCAGCUGGACAGCCUGGGGGUUUGCAUGGACACUCAGAGCGGAGACGAGUCGCUGCAGAGAGACCAAGCUGUCUGCAUCUCCACCAACGGCGCUGUUUUCGUCAAUGGUAAAGAGAUGACCAAUCAGCUUCCGGCCAUCACCGUGGGCUCAGCUGUGACCUUUGACAUGGAGGUGGUCAAUCUGCUACCCGUCAGCAACAACAACCUGAGCGAGGGCGGCCAUUUUAAGCUGCGAGUGACGAUCGGCUCCGGGAACCGGGAGGUGGUGUUCGACUGGCUGGUGGACCAGGCGGUGGACUGCCUCUUCUUCGGCUGCUCCUUCGUCCACUCCGGCUGGAAAGUUCUCGUGUUUUAGGAAAAUUAAUUCUCCGACUGCCACCGCUACCUGCAACGCAACUUUUCGUCAUCCAACAAAGUUUUCAGGGGAAAAAAACAAAGGAAUAUUUGUCUUUUGAUUAUAAUCAACAUGACAACGCGGCUGACUAUCAAACAUGUUUGCUUAGGCCUGGACCUGCAGGUUUCCUUCAAAUGAAAUUAAAUAAAACUUUUCACUGUA